AUGGAUUCUCUCUUUAAGACAUUGGGAAAUGACCUAAAAGUAUUGCGAGACCAUAGGUGGUAUUCCAUGCCUUGUAUGCAAAUAUUAAGUUAUGCUUUGAAUGGAGUUCCCUCUAGCUUCAAUCAACCUGAAAUUAGGCCCAAUAUGGAGUAUUUUGGACAUUAUACAUUCCAUUUCGAUUGA